AUGGCUGUCAGCGUAACCGUGCUACUCCUGGAGCAGUGUCUCAAGUCCUGUGAGGACGAGAGUGACAUGGUGCUGGCGGUCACUGAGGGCAAACUGCGCUGUCACUGGCAAUUGCUUUCUGCUAGGUGUCCAGCAUUGGACGUGCAGAGCAAAGCCAGCAAAGCUUUUGACUCAGAAGACCGGGCGGUUGUUCAAGCUUUGCUCCAAUGGAUCUAUACCGGAAAGAUGGAUUUGAAGCUGGUCCACGGGCGAGAGGCUGAAAUCAGCAGCGACCGCGUCGCCCAGCUCGCGCAACUUUUGGGAAUGCGUGAUUUGGUUGCUAUGCGUCAGAGGCUAGUGCGCAGUUGGCGGCGGGAACCCUCUCGUGGGUGUAUAGAGCCGGACUUGUUGCGCGCUUAUGACCAACGAAGCUUGAGCAACACUUGGUUCCUUUGCGACGCAGAAGGUGAUGGGCAACUUGUUUAUGCUGGCUUCUUGCCACUGUUGGCGAAGGCAUCCAGUUUCUUCUCAGCCAUGCUUAGCAGCCGAUGGACUGAAAAGCCGACUGGAAGCAACAAGACUGAAUUCAAGGUCGGUUGGGAUGCCUCCGUUGUUGAGCGUAUGAUUCGCUUCUUGCACGGUGGACCUAGCUUCGUGCGUAACAGUCACGACUUGGAUCAGGCUGCUCAUUGUGCAGACUUUUUUGGGAUGCCCUGCCUGUUGGCGCAGAGCCACAACUGGAUCAUAGAGCACUUGGACAGAGAGACGGCGCCACGCCUUUGGAGCUAUGUGGAGAGUCAGCCUCGACUCUGUUUGGACUGGUUUCAGGACCGUAUCUUUAAUGAAGAUACCUGCAUGGAUGCGGACGAUGCAUGCCCCGUGGCUAUCCUUGCAGGCUUUGACUUCCACAUUCAAGAGUUUAGUGCUAUGGCCGAUGGAGAUCUCGACAACUGGAUUCCUCUCUUUGACUUGACGCCUUCAUUGAUGUUUAGACUUGUUGCCAGCGGCGGCCUUGAUGUGCACACUUCAUAUUUGAAGCUUGUGAUCUCCAAAUUCGUUUGCCACAAAGCACCCCAAGAGGAUCAAAAGGCCACACUUCGAAAACUUCUCCCACCUGCCGUCCUUUUCAACAGGGAGCUUCGUGAUCAAGUGCUGGGGCGUGCCAGCAGCAGCUUGAGAGAUUUCAUGUGA